AUGAAGGAUGAUCGGACUCGUUCACAGGAGCCCGAUUGGGGAAGGCUUCGUCCAGGGCCAUUCACUGAGCGCAUAAGGCACUCACGGCAGGAUAGGGACGUACAACCCCUACGCAUAACCCCUUACACAGGAGUGGAGGAUCCACUGACACACCUUCAUUCUUUCCAAUCGGUUGUAGGAUGCCGAGGGCUAAGUGACGAAGGACUAUGCCUACUGUUCCCCUCUUCGCUCACAGAGGCGGCUCUGAAUUGGUUCUACCGUUUGGAACCAGGGAUGGUCGAUUCCUUCGACGAGCUGAAGCAGAUCUUCCUGAACCACUUCAUGAUUCAGACGGACAGAUUGUACUCUGCCGACGACUUAUAUACCAUCCGGCAGAGGGAUGACGAACCAUUGCGUGAGUAUGCCGCAUGGUUCAGCCAUGAAUACUCGAGAUGUCCGGAUACCGAUGACAGGGCAGCCUACGGCGCCUUCAAGAGUGGCUUACGGUCCUCACACUUUCGGUAUCUGGUACACAACAGCAAUUGGCGUACGUACGACGAACUCAUGAAGCAAGCGGCAAUCCACGCCAAAGCCGAAUACUUCAACUCAAGGGUCGAGCCGAACCUGUACAGCGAUCCGCAGCAGUACAGGCAUCACAAUUCACGCCGACGGCCCAACCUGCCGGAUACCUCGAGAGCCACAAGCGCAAAGACGCCGGGAGCUCUCAGAAGGGGCAUUCCAAGAAAAACAAGAGCGAGUACGGCAGGGAUAGCUACCGGGCGCCACUGCCAGCUCAUAACCAGGGAACGGAAGUGUUCACCUUGCUCAACACCUCCUAUGAAGCAGUGCUGA